GUCAGCUGGCAUUAAAACAUGCUGCAGUUGUUGGACAAUGCAGCAGAGAUCCAGGAAUGCUGUGAAGAGGGAGGCCCCUCACAGGAGGCCGGCCCCGGCAGCGGUGACCCCGCCCUGUCCCAGGUCUACGCCCCUCCUCCCUCCUACCCUCCUCCAGGUCAAGGCCCACCAACAUCUGCUGGUAGACUACCACCUCUUGACUUUAGCUCUGCCCAUGCCAGUGCAGAGUAUGCGGAACAUCCUCAGCUCAGAGUCUAUCAGGGUGUUCAGCAUGACGGUGCUGACGUUCUGACAUCCAGUAACCCGGAGGAUGCUUUGGUCUCUGUGACCUCCGACCCCCAGUCUCUGAGCGUGUCAGUAUCAUCAGGAGGUGGAGCAGGAAGUGGAAGUGAGGAGGAGGGGUCAGGUAAGGCCCAGCCAAAACGCCUCCAUGUAUCCAACAUCCCGUUUCGGUUCAGAGACCCAGACCUCCGCCAGAUGUUUGGGCAAUUUGGGAAGAUCCUUGAUGUAGAAAUUAUCUUCAAUGAGAGGGGUUCAAAGGGCUUUGGGUUUGUCACCUUCGAAAGUGCAGCUGAGGCUGAUCGAGCGAGAGAAAAGCUGAACGGAACAAUUGUGGAGGGGAGAAAGAUUGAGGUUAACAACGCAACUGCAAGAGUAGUCACCAAGAAGCCCCAGACGCCCCUCGUGAAUGGUGAACUUUCAACUUCUGGAUGGAAGAUCAACCCUAUGAUGGGGGCGAUGUAUGCACCAGAGCUCUAUACAGUAGCCAGCUUCCCGUAUCCUGUAGCAGCUCCCACCUUGGCCUACAGGGGCUCUGCUCUGCGCGGUCGAGGUCGAGCUGUCUACAACACCAUCCGCUCAGCUGCUGCCACACCUGGCACUGUACCUGCCUAUCCCGGGGUUGUCUAUCAGGACGGACUGUAUGGAGCAGAAGUUUAUGGAGGAUACCCUGCAGCUUACAGAGUGGCUCAAUCAGCAUCAGCUGCAACAGCAACUUUCAGUGAUGGAUAUGGACGGGUCUACGCCACAGCUGCUGAUCCCUAUCACCACUCAGUUGGACCAACAACAACAUAUGGAGUUGGUACAAUGGCAAGUUUGUACAGAGGAGGAUAUAAUCGCUUUACCCCGUACUGAGACAUCUGGUGGGGGCAGGGGUGACAUCCCUCUUGAACUCUGGGACUGGCUGAUCCAUGAAUACUGCAGGACAGAUGAUGAGAUCCUAAAAAAUUGUAAAAGUGGAAAUGGUUUUACCUCCUGUUUCCAUCACCAUCCUCUCCUUGAGAGACUAAACAAACUGAAGUUGUAAAUACUGUAGGACUAAUUCUACCAAUGAAUACUUAGCACCUGGAGGAGGAUGUCAUGUAAGACAGUUGCUUAAAAACCUUUGAGGGAUUACUGUUUUCUUUAUUUAAAGAUGUUUGCUCACACUACAGAAGGGGUUGUAGGUGGUAAAUACUGUGAGACUGAUUUUUUUCUGAGUACUAUCUGGGAUUUUUCAACUUUCACGGGUCAAACUGUACAAAAACAUUUGUAUAGUACUAAAUGAUUUAUUUAUAAUGAUAGCUAUUUACUAAAU